CUAGCCACAGACGGACAGGGUCUAGCUCAGGCUCCACCGAUGAAAACCUGUCAAUCUUGUCAACAACUGAUCCACCGAAAUGCACCAAUCUGUCCCCUAUGCAAAACAAAAAGCCGCUCACGUCAUCCAAAAAAGACCAAAGUUCGACCGAGUCCGGGCCCGCUGACGGACUCACACACAGUGUGCGGCGCCAGUCCGAACCGCUGUGCGACACAAGCCGGAUGUAAUGCUCCACCUGAUGAGCCUUACCGCUGA